AUGCCUUACUCUUCAAAUCCUUAUUUAUUCGAACGAAUAACUAGAGAAAUUGUUUUUUCUCAUUUAACUGCCACUAUAUGCCAAUCAAUUAUAUUACCAAAGAUAGAAUAUCAAUCAUCUCGUUUUUCAUCAAAUACUGAUGAAACAAAAUUAGUUGUCAAUGGUACAGAAAAAAUUUUAAUGAUCGAUCAACAUCUAUCGACAGGAUUUGACUUGAAAGACGAUUUAUUUAUUAUUGGUGAAUGUCAAAUUCCUAUCUAUACCGAAAAAGAAAAACUUAUUGAUGAAAUAUUAUCCGAUGAUUUCAAAUCGACCGAUAUUAUCUUUCCCGAUCAAUCACUAGCUACUAUUAAUGAUAAUAUUCAAUUUUGUAAUGAUAAACAAUCAAUGAAAGAUUAUUUAGCAUUCUUUACCGCUCGUCAUUUAUUUCGAUUAAUAAAAUGUCAUCGAUUAUUUUCAACGAAAACAACCUUCCCAUAUAAUUUUCAUCAAUUGAUUGAAUCUAUUCAAUCAAAUCAUUUUGAAAAAAUUACUGAUGAAAUUAUCUCAACAUUAACACCUGUGACACUUUCGGGCACUGAAUUUGUUGGUUUUCUUAUGCCCAUGAAUCUCCAAUCUGAUAUUAUUAAACUUCUCAGCAAUUCGAAUAUUUCUCAAGAAAAUCAAGUUCAAUGUCGAUUUCAUGUCCUCAAUGCAAUUAUAGUUCAUUCAUUUGAUGAUGUUAAAGUUGUUGCUAAAUCAAAUGGUGUAUGUCAAUAUCGAAUAAGUAAUCCUAAAAGUUCGACAAAAUAUUCAUUUAAAUGCUGUCAAUAUCGUAAAUAUCCUUUAAGCAAUCAUGAAAUUAAGGCAACUGUACCAGAUGAUGAUCCAAAUUCGAUUGCACUUAUCUUAAAUGAAAGAGAUACGUUUGGUCGACAUAAAACAGCAACAUUAUUAGAAUUAAAUGGUAGCCUUAUACGAACACUUUGUUGGAAAGAAACAUUAAUUCCAAAUCGAAUAUCAUGGAAUGAUCUGACAACAUUAGCUAUUGCAUAUGCUAAAACUAUUAAAAUAAUGUCGAUUUCAACGGAAACCAAUUAUGAACAUCAAUCAUCUGCACCUAGAAAAUAUAUAAAUACAGGUUAG